GGCACCGAAAGCAUGUAACGGGAAAACAUUGUCUUCAGGCAUAUUUCUGGGAGCCUUCCUUUGCGUCAUCUGUUAAAGGACCCAGGAUGUCCAUGCUAGCCGAGCCCCGCAAGAAACAGAAGUGGUCUGUAGACCCUAGGAACAGCGCCUGGAGCAAUGAUGACAACAAAUUUGGCCAGAAAAUGCUGGAGCAAAUGGGCUGGUCCAAGGGCAAAGGACUGGGGAGGAGUCAGCAGGGAUCGACUGAUCACAUAAAAGUCAAAGUUAAGAACAACAAACACGGACUCGGAGCAAACGCCAGCCAUGAGGAUAACUGGAUUGCUCACCAGGAUGAAUUCAAUGAGCUUCUGGCUCAGCUGAACAAUCACCAUGGUCAAACCACAAGUGACGAAGUUCCUCCAGAUGAGAUGAAGAGCUUCAGUCUGGAAGAAAAAUCAAAGAUUUCUAAAAAGAGGGUUCAUUACACAAAAUUCACAAAAGGCAAGGACUUAUCUUCCCGUAGUGAAACAGACCUUAACUGCAUCUUUGGGAAGAGGACCAAGUCUACCAAAGAUCAAGAACAGGGGAGGAGCAGGAGCGAGUCUCCAUCUGAAUCAGAGGAAAGUGGGACUAAGGCUUCUUCUGAACUUGAUACUGAGUCAAUAACCAAGACUGUGACAAGUUCUCUGAGCAUGCAGGAGUAUUUUGCGCAGCGCAUGGCACAGCUGAAGAAGGCUCGUGGCUCUGAAGGUUCAGCAUCUUCUGUCAAAGCGGAGACUACUGAAAUAUCAAGCCCCGCUGAGGAGCUCAGUCCAGUCCAUAGCAGCAACAAUGAUGCUGAAGAACCCAAGAAAAAGAAGAACAAAAAGCUAGAAGAGGAGCUAGUGGAUGUAGAAGAGAAGUGCAGUGCCCCCAUUGUACCAGAAGAAAAAGAAAACAAGGAGAAAGCGUGUUCAAGAAAGAAAAAGAAGAGAAAAACUGCAGAAAUCAUUGAUGAAAAUGAAAACUCUAGCUCUGCCAGUGUUCUGGAGAUGAACUGUGAAAAACCAAGUUUCUCCAAGAAGAAAAAAUCUAAACACAUAGAAAAGCAGCUUAUAAAUGUUCAUGAGGGCGAGGAAGACCACAAUGGAGUAAAGGAGUGUGAGGAGGAACUAGUUACUAAAAAAUCCAAGAAGAAGAAAAGGAAGAGAGAAAAUCAAGAAUAGGGUGGAGUUUAGGUUUUGGUUAAAUUUGUCCAGCUUCCAAAAACUUUUUACUUCACUUGUGUUCUUGUCCUAAUACCGACCUUUUUAAAUAUAUUUGUAACCAAAUGAAAUCUCUAAUACAUGAACAACAGAUGCCUUAGCAGCUGGCUUAAAUUAAAUUAGCUCUUCCUGAUUCUUGUAUCUCCUGAGUCAUUAAAUAUGAUUCAGGGAAAAAAAAGCUGUUUUCACAUUUAUUAUUCUUUUACUAUUUGCAUGCAUUACUAUUUAUGUAUACAAAACUCCAUAUUCUCCAUGUCGCCCAGUUUAUCACUCGUUUCAAAAACUGAAAGGAAAGCGGUCAUCAAUGUGAUACAUGACAUCUGGUACUUUGGCAUGAUGGGCUUUUUAAAACGAGUCUGUCUAUGAAAUGUCGACAUUUUUCUAAAUAAAUAUGGACACACA